AUGGCAUCGCUACAUCCGCACGACCACUUCUAUUCCAACAGGCAUAGCAACUAUAGCAGUCACUCCCCAUCCCCUGAAGCCGAAAAGAUGCUCAAGCAUCCAAACGGUGGGCCCGGACCCGAAGCCGAUGCCAUCCCGGAUGGAUUGGAGGUGAACACCGGAGCAAACUACAGCACGGCGCCGCAAUCAUAUGAGCCGGCACAGACGCAACCGUACUAUGACCAGCUACAGCAUCAGCAUCAACACCAACCUCACACGCCACAGACGAACUACACCGAGACGACGUACGCUCAAAAUCAGCACUCGCCGAUGCCGGAAAAGCAGCUGGCGGAAAGGAAGGCAAGCAAGGACGACGACACAAUAUGCGGGCUGCGCAAAGCCACAUUUUGGUUGUUGAUUCUCUCCAGUCUGCUGUUCUGCGCCUUGGUCGGUGUGGCGGGCGGAUUAGGUGCUUUGGUGGCAAGCAAAAACAACGAAAUCGCAAACCUCCAAUCGCCAUCCUCCUCUUCAUCAACCGCCACACCCACCUCGGCGUCAUCGUCAGCUGCCUUCGACCUAAGCAAGCCCGCCGCCACGGACACGCCCAUCGCGCUCAACAAGUGUCCCGGGUCCAGCUCCGUGUUGACAUACCAGGUGCCCGGGACGAACCUGACGUUUAGUAAGGAUUGCGGGACGGAUUAUCUCUACAACGACAUCGCGCAGGUGCCAGCCAAGAAUUUCGAAGAGUGCGUACGGUACUGCGCGGCGUUUAACCUGCAGCAGCAGUCGAGAAAAGGCCCAUGCAAGGGUGUUGUGUACAUUUACGAGGGCGAGCAGGGGGAGGAUAGCAAUUGGUGCUGGAUGAAGUAUACCAAGAACAUGGUGCAGAACGGGGCCAAGGACUACACCGAGUCGGCUUGGAUUUUAUGA